AUGGCCACCGUCGCGACAGCCAUCAAAGUCAACGAGCACAACUACCGCACUUGGAUGACUUAUUUCAAAGGCCGCCUCAUGGCGAAGGGGCUGCUCACAACCAUCACGUCAACGAACACGGCGGAGUACCACCAACCUACCACCAAGGUCGACCAGAUCGAAGUGAGCAAGGAGUGGACGAAACUCAACUGGAACCCACGCCAAGAAACAAUGCAGGACUUCCUCCACCGAUUUCACCAACUCACGGUGCGCCUUAACGAGGUCGGAAUCCGUGAAAUCGACUACAACCAAGUGCUCAAGUUACUUACCUUGAUGCCUUGGGAUUUUUGCCACCUGGUGGACCGCCUAUUGAACGGGGCCACCGACCCUCAAAUGCCCGCUGUUCCCCAAGUGGGCACGCAAACGACGACCGUGCCUUGGCAGCAUUCCCAGGAAGACCCGGCGGCGGCGGUCGUGGCAGCCACGGAGACUGAGGCGGGGGGCGCGAAGACAGGCAACUGUCACUACUGUGGCAAUAACGGGUACUGGGAAUCCGACUGCCGCAAGAAGGCCCGAGAAGAAGGCACCCACGCCGGCCGCAACCACGACCGCAACAAUCGCAGUGCCCAUGCCGCCAACCAAGAACAAUCAUCGUCCAACGUCGCCUACUUGUUCUCGGCGAUGGAAGUCACACAUAACAUCGCUGAAAACAGCGACCCUGAGUCACCCGAAACAACACCUCCGCCUCAACUACCAAGCGCACCAACGAACGCGGCGCCAAUCACCAAACCAACGUUCGAAAACCUUACCUGGGACUGGAAAAAUCGCCCGACGCGCGAAAUCGCGGUCUACGGCGAACGCAUCCACGUCAUGUUCUUCAGCCCGAUAGACUUGGAGAGCGCCAUGCUCACCAACUUCCUGUCCAAUGGCUCGCCCGUGUACCCGCGGUGGAUGACUCACCCGUUCCUAGUCACCAAUUACGAUGAGAGCGGUUUUCCAUUCAAGUCCUUACCCACAACCUACGCGGGCGCCCGAUACAAAAAAUAG